AAACCAUUUCCAGUAACCAAAUGUUGGCAUAGAAGUAAGUGGUUCACCGGGCACGGAAGUGUGGUUCCUGUUUCUACUAUACACGCUGAGGUCGGCAGGCCAUAGUCGGGCCUAUAUCCCUGCCAUAGUGUAGACCCAGUGACAGUGAUGUGUCACUUCCGACCUUCCGUAUACACGCAUUUCCUUCCAGGCAGACGUCUUAACAAUUUCUGCCUCACAACAAAUCAUAUUUCUGCACAGUGACUGUGAUUCAGACGUCAAAAAAAUUAGUUGUAAUCCACCUCUUUCAUCUUCGUAGUAUUCGGCGUAUACCUGCAUCCGACGAUGCAUUCCUUAAGAGACAUGGCACGAAGAUGUCAUCUUUCGUCGUGGACAGUGUGUCUUAUAACUUUUGUCUCGUUAUGUUCGUGUCGGGAGCCCCAACCUUUGAGGACCUUCCAACCACCACAGAAGUUAAGCUUCAACAUAAAAGAAAUCACGGGGUCUGCAGUAACCUAUGGACCUAAUGAUUCUGGACCUACAUCCGCUGGAAAGUUCUACCGCACUCUAACGUUGCAUAAUGGAACGUUGUUCGUUGGUGGGAAAUCUCAACUGUUUUCUGCCACAGAAAACCUCGAAAUAAUUCGACAAGUUUCGAUUCAACCGAAUUCAUUUUUCACUGAGUUUGGCUGUAAAUCUUGUGACGGUAACUUCAUCCGUAUUAUUCAGCCGUUAUCGGGAGGAUCGCUGCUUGAAUGCGGUACCAAUGCCCUAAUGCCGUACUGCCAAGAAAGAUCGGCUGUGGAUUUGACAACAAUUGGUGACCCAUACGAGUUCAGCGAUGACAAUGUUGCGCCCUCGCUGCCCGAGCAAAACUCCAGCUGGUUGCUUUUGGAAGACUCAGACUCAGCCUACCAAAUAUUCGCCGGUUCACACUUGGUCAAUUCAUUUGGCCAACUUGAGGAACCGGCCAUUUUGAGGGCCCGUUUGGACACCAUGACCCCCGGUCCGGAACGGCCAAGAACCGGGAUAGACGUUCGUCUGAAGACGAAGGAUAGUCCCAAUACAGUUCUAAAUGGACCGCAGUUUGUUGGAGAUCCCAUUGAAUACGGCAACCGCAUUUUCUUCUUCUUUCGCGAGUUUGCAUCGGAGCACAUCAACAGCGGUCGAAUUAUGUAUUCAAGGGUAUCCAUGGUGUGCAAGGACGAAUUGGGUGGUCAGCCCUUCACUACUUACACCGACAAACAAAUGGUCACUUUUGUGAAAGCUCGACUGGUGUGCUCCAUACCGGGCAAAUUCCCCUAUCACUACAAUGAAAUCCAAGAUAUUCACCAGUCUACUGCCGACCCAAAUGUGGUAUUCGCUGUUUUUGCGACUGGGCCUAAUGGUGUGGCUAGUUCUGCCGUGUGCGCAUACCGUCUUGAUGAGAUUCAGAACAUGUUCCUCGAGAGCCCGUUCAAGGCACAGGAACAUGACUUGAUGCAGUGGAUGGAAGUCCUGAGUGAACCCGUCCGUCCAAGACAAGCUGAGUGUCCAGAUACGACCACUUAUUCUGAUGCAGAGUACAAAGCCAUCCUCACACUGGCUCAACUGAUAGACGAUACGGUGGAAAACACUCGCCGUUGUGGGAAGAGAACAUCCCUCAGAGGGGGCCGCUUCAGGGGGGCGUGCAGUCGGAUCAGCCCCCUCCUCGUGUCACACGGGGAACGAUUCACACAGAUUGUGGUAGAUGAGGGAGUGGCCAACUCAACAGAUGUCUUGUUCAUUGGCACGGAGAAUGGAACAGUGCUCAAGGCCUACCUGAGUGAGGAUUGGUCUGAAGAAGCAAGAAUUGUCGAGGAGAUCAGUUUGGAUACAGACGGAUUGAAGGCACCAGUAUUGACGAUGGUGAUGAGUGAGGCAGCGCGAGCUGUCUUUGUGGGGACAGACAUCGGGGUGUUCAAGGUACCAUUCCAGCACUGCCGGGACUACACUACCUGUCGAUCGUGUCUCGAUGCCAGAGAUCCCUACUGUACAUGGACUGGUGAUUCUUGUUCGUACGGCAGCAGAGACGGGUUUCAGGAUUUAGAAAAUGGCUCUUCGGAUCUGUGUCCAGCUAGAAAUAAUGACAAGAUCGUAUUUCACACGGUGCCGCCACAGAGCCAGCAUAGAUCGGCCAACCAGCCGGUCAACUUAUACCUCGUGGCCGAGGCUCCAUCGGGUAGAAACCUUCGUGUGGUCGGUGUAGACUGCUACCCUCCGUGUGCCAACCUACCGUUUACACGGUUCAAGUCCACGUCUUCAGGGAGACAGCUCCUGGUACUGCACAUCAACGGUUCGUCUACCGAGACCAGCCCGAGAGACUGCUCGUGCUCGUCGGUCUUUGAAAUUGAUGGAGGAGUGAGGGGGACCGCCAACUUCACCCUUACUGCUGAUAACUCUAACGCAGUGACUGCUUCGGAGAUGGACAUACAAGAACUAAUUGAGUUCGAUCAAAAAAUGGCCAAAUAUGAAUACGAGCUACAGGAAUGGAAGAAUAAAGUGGCACAGUCUUGUGAGUUGAGGAAUCUUCAAGUCUGCUCUACUGCCAGUGAUAAUUGUUUGACAACUUGAUGCUAUGACGAUCUGCCGUAAAGAAAACCCCUCCCCCCCCC